AUGUCGGCAUCGUCCAAACAAGAAAAAGAUCACGAAGAAACGGACGAAGGCGAGGCAAACGACACUUGCGACAACCACGGCAGCGGUUCUGAAAGCGAAGAAAUUGACACUUCCAACAACUACUGCACCGGUCCUCAUACCGAUGACGGCAAUGCAAAGGAAAAACAACCGGUUGAACGAGGAUCCCAGCCAAUUGACUUACCCCAAUCUCCGCAAGAAGAGCCACCUGACGAUACCAGUAUGGUUUUAGCUCAUUACGGCUAUAUCUUGGGUGAUUCGCUGGGUAAAGGGUCCUAUGCGGUUGUUAAAGUGGCUUUUUCCAAGAAGCUAAAGCGGCAAGUUGCCAUCAAGAUCAUCAUAAAGAAAAAGGCGCCGCAAGACUACAUUACCAAGUUUUUACCACGCGAGAUCGCUGUCAUGAAAAAACUCAAGCAUCCGAACAUCAUCGGACUUUACGAAGCCAUUGAAACAAGCUCUCGGAUCUAUCUCGUAAUAGAUAUGGCCGACGGGGGAGACCUGUUAGACUACAUCAAAACGAACGGCCCGGUUUGCGAAAAUGAAGCUCGUACGUUUUUUCGGCAGUUAAUCGGUGCCUCAGAAUACCUCCAUAACUUGGACGUGGUUCACAGAGAUCUGAAAUGCGAGAACAUUUUGCUGGAUCGCAACAAAAAUAUAUUACUCACAGAUUUUGGUUUUGCAAGGACUGUGCCCAUCGAUUAUGAUACUGGAAAACGAAGUUUGAGUUUGACGUUCUGUGGAUCCUACGCGUACGCGCCACCCGAAAUUCUUCGUGGCGUUGCUUACGACGGAACGCGUUCUGAUGUAUGGAGUUUAGGGGUGGUAUUAUUUACAAUGCUGUGUGCUAAAUUACCGUACGAUGACUCAAAUCUCAAGGUGCUGAUGGAGCAAGUAAGUAUAAGGGGUUAUGUAUCAGAAAGAAAUUUCUACAAGCAGGCAAGGGGAAAUCAACAUGCUGUAUUUUGCUUCUGAUUGAUUGAGUGGGUGGUGUGAGUUUUCUAGACCAAUCACGAGGCGAAGCAAAGAAAAAGCAACGCAAUUCUGGAUUAUUUUUUAUAAUCGAAAAUUGCUCUAUCGACUUUGUUGUGAGAAUCGUCGUUGGGGUCAAUCAAAAGGAGGUGUGAGACUGCAUGUCACCACUGACAGACUGCUUUCGAAACUAAAGUGAGAACUGUACAUACAUGGGUUCCGUAUAGACAUCGUUUCAGUUUCUAUUUUUGUCGCUCAUUCAGGUAUCUAAGACUGUCGUUUUUCCAAAGAAGCGAAAAAUUUCCGAGGAGGCCAGACACCUCAUUUUAAAGAUGCUUUGCGAAGAAAAGGAGAGGAUUGACAUCCCAGGAAUAAAGGAACAUCCUUGGUAUCUUGGGAAAAAGAUGAAUGUUGAGCUAAAAGGAGACAAGGACAAGGAGGACCUUGGGAAGGACAUAUCUCACGAUUCAGGGCUUGGAAGCGAGCCAGUACUUGGGAACGAGGGCCGAUGA